AUGGCUACAGAAUCAGAGAAAACAACACCAUCAAAUAUUCCGCCAGAGAUUAUCGAAAUUAUACUGUCAAAAUUAUCAUCUGUUAAAUCUCUUCUUCGAUUCAAAUCAGUUUCAAAGUCAUGGAAUUCUAUAAUCUCCGAUCCGGUAUUCAUUCAGAAUCAUCUCCAAUCCUCGAAUAACUCUCCGAAUAAUAAUAUCUUCGUAAGCUCGAAUACAGAUGGUACUGAUAGAGGGUUUCCUUUGGUUGAUUUCGAUGUUAGAAAAUCCGACGCCGGAAAAAUAUCCGAGGACAAUAUUCCCAAUGGCUACAACUCUAUAUUAUGCGAAUGUAACGGCGUUCUGCUCUUGGGCAGCCGCGUUGAAUACGCUCUGUGGAAUCCAUCAAUUCGUUGUGAGAUGUUUCUCAUAUACAAAUAUGAGUUUCAUGAAGAUUAUAUAGUGGAUUAUGGAAUUUGUUAUGACCAAAUAACAGGCGAUUUUAAGGUUGUCUUCAUUUUCCCAACGAAAUAUGCAAUUUAUUCGUCUAACAACAAUUCUUUGACGAAAAAGAAUUUAGGAACAAAUUACCAUACUAUUGAUGGUACAGGUUCAGGUUUAGGUAUAUUCGUAGAUGGAGCUACCUACUGGAUUUUGAGCGACGACACGAUUAGUACACACUUGGUGUAUUUCGAUCCAAGAACCGACGAGAUCAAGAGGAUGCAAAAGCCCGAACAACGACAAAGUGAUGAUGACAAAUUUCAGUUAAUGAACAUCGCUUCUUUGAGAGGAAGGCUAUGUUUGUACUUCUACAACAAAAAAGAGAGAAUUGCUCAAAUCUGGAUGAAGGAAAAGGGAAUCGAUAAAUGGAAGGAGUUUAUAACCUUUCAUAAUUUUGAGGCUCCGUCUCAUCCAGUGGAAGUAGGCUCUGGUGGAGCAGGUGUUUAUGCUUGGUUUUUCGGUUCUUGCUAUAUUCCAAGUGAGCUUGAUGAGGAUUUAUUCUUGACCGUGCAGAUCCCGGAAAUUAAGCAAUCCGACAUCCCGGAAUGCAAUCCGACAUAA